AGACAUUGUACGUAACAAUCUCUGUAAGACACUGUUGACAUUCUAACGACAAGGACUUAGAAGAACGAUGAAAUUAAUUAUACUUUUUGCUGGACUUAGCUUCCUACAAGUGAUUCACACCAAUAUUUGCACCAAAAACGACCCGUCUACAUGUACACACACGUGUCCUGUCGGAGAAGCGAAAACAUGCGAGCACGAGAUCUGCACAUGCGCACCAUCUUGCAUACAGGUCAGCGACUGCGCGGACUGCCCUUCCAACACUGACCCUAUGGGUCACGUGACGCACGAGAAAGUACAUUGCGUAGACAGUGUAUGUAAAUGUCUACCAGAGCACGUGGGACCACAUCACCCUGACGGCGGUCCACCCGGCGGACGAUAAUUUUAACUAUUGGCGAUUUGUGCAGAUCCAUAUGUCGAAUAAAUGAUAUUUCUGCUUCC